UCAAGAAAUUCCGUUUUUCUGUACUAUUCUUCGGAACGCUAUCACUAAACGACACUUCCACUUGAAUGCCGCUUUUCGCUCAUUUCAAAUUUCCGCCAUUAGAGACAAACGAAGAAGACGGAAAUGUUCGGCUCGACUGGGCCUGGCCAUUGGCAAACUGUUUGUCAAGCUACCCGGUGACCAGUUCGCAUUACCAUACCCGGCCGCGUUCAUCCAUAUGCAUCUUAGCAUCAUCGCUUCAGCCGUGCGUUCAUGCAUCCAACUGUGGAGACCUUGGAAAAACGCAGGAAAGUAAAAAAAAACUAAAAGCACAGAUACACACAAUUCUCAUAUGCAAAAGCAAACAAAACAGGAAAUGAUAUUCUACCACGGCAAAAGCACCGGCUGUGUGGUAUACAUCCGCACAGCUUUAUGGACAUCCAUAUGUUAGGCGUAUCAUCAAAUCGUUCACAUCCAUUUGUAGAUCAGUGGACAAUUUUGAAAAAGCUUCCGUAUAUGCCCUCCAGUUUAUGAAGUAGUUCAAUUAUUACUUGAUGAUAUCACACCACGAAAAGCAUUGUCCAUCGGCAGAAGGUCAAUUGCCGAAAAUGCAAUUACGAAGUGCAUCACACACGCGUAUAAGGGCGCGACAUUGAGCGCACACGUAAUUUUCAUUUGCCUUAUCUUGUUUAGGGCUAUCAAUUAAAUUUAAUCAAAAAAGGUAACUAAGACACUUAGCUCAUGGUUUAUAUUUUGUCAUGCUUUAGAGUUCCCAAGUCCAAUAUUCCCAUUCCCAUUAGUGGUUUAGAUAUUAGCAGUUAAAUACUUCAAGGAUUGCUAGAAUAAACUGAGAAACUAAAGCAUAUGUUUUAUCACUAUGUCGAAAUGAUAAAACAAAUUGUUCCUUCUGCUCAUCGCCGUUAGAGAUUCGCUGGAUGAAAGUGGUGGAAGCUGUGAAGUAAACGUGUAGCCUUGAUCGAAACCCUCGCGCUGUUUCUUAAUGUAUUUUGUUUUCGAAAUUCAAUCAACUCAUCGAAUGUUUGUCCAGCCAUCCAAUAAUGCGCCAAUGUUUGUUAUUCGUUAAACCAAUUACGGAACCAUUCUUAUGGCAACCCUACUCGCUUUAUGCCUUAUAACCACGAGUAACGAAAAAAAAAUAUUUUCCAAUAAUUCAUUUUACGCUUUCACUGCAUAGCGUGUCGAAUGGUUAAAAUCGAUAUUUAUCGUGACAUAAGACCAUGAUAAGACGUAGUGUCGGAUAGCACGAUAGCGACAACUUUUAGAUAAUAUUACAUUUUGUUAUACAAAACGUUACAAAGCCCGUUGGAGUAUGAUAGGAGAUUUAAUGAUGUGGUAAAAAUUUACAGGGAAUUGAUUUUAUUCAUAUGACGCCAUCGCACUUAAAGUGUACUCCAUGAUUCAUUGAUGUUAAUGCAUCGCUUCAAGAGAGAGAGAAUGCAAUCCUAUUGAAUGUAACGCAAGAUUCAUUUCGACGUGACUAUAAUCACGAAAUGUCGCUAAGCUAUAUUGACUUUAGUGAACAAUCUUCUCAUCACUUGAAGGAAUAAUUUACACACAUUUAUUGUUUAUGUUUUCUUUGUUGCUCCCUUUCAGGUGCAUCACAUUUCUGAUAGACAUCGUGAAAUGAUCGAGCACCAGUAUGACGCACGCAGGUGCUACCAAACAUCAGCUUUGCGCCUAAAUGUAGGCAAUCGUGUAAUCACGCUGUCAGGUGUGUCUCAAGUAAAUAUUAAUUAUCUCAGAGCAGAGUCAACAAGACAGUGAGAAAAAGAUAAAGUGUGUACAUGAACUAACAGAGCUUGAAAACAGAUACAAACCGUGUGGAAGAGCAGCGGGAAAAGGAAAGCAAACCAGCAAAAGGAAGACGCCGGCUAAAGCUUACGGCACGCGAGUCACCAAAGCGUGGUGAAAAGCGCCACCGUGUGGUGAAAAUUGUGCUAAAGGUUCAAUCAGUACGGUGCAAACAAUUGACCGAACCCGUCCAGUGUGUGUUACCUUCAGUGGCUGGAGUAGUGCAAUUUCCGAUUAAAGCUGCUGUGUCCGAACGCGCUGAUUUCCAAUUAAUACAAGCCGCGCCACUUCGGGAAGAUUUUUUUUUUUCCACCUCUACAACACCAAAGGAAGUUGGAUAAUUUUGGUUUUCUUAGCGCGGUUUUUGGGAAAAAAGAAGUUAAAACUUUUAAUCAAAAAAUCGGAGCAAAAAAAAAAAGUUUUUUUGUACCCUUUCCAUUCGUUGAUUGAUAAAUUGAUUGAUCGUUAGUGGCUUAAGUGUCGGUAGACGGCGGCGCCCCCCAGGUGUCUGUGUGUGCGCGUGUGUGUGUGAGCGAUCAAGUGUAAAAGGAAGCCUUUGAAAAGAAAAAAAGGUCAGCAGCGAAGCAAAAAAAAAGAGGAAAAAGAAGGCGUAGCUGGGUGUAAUUAUUGGGAAGUAAUUUUUCGUUGCUUUUUUUUCUUCCCGUUCUCCACCCCAUUCGGAAGAAGAAAAACCCCUGAGCAGGCGUUACGAAUCAAUCCGGCGGGGGGUUUGUGCGGUUGCGCUCAGGGCGUCCGGAGGGCGGAUGAUAAUGGUUGUGGUGCACAUCGAAAUGAAGCUGAUGAUGAUGCUGCUUCUGCUGGUGCAGGAGUGGGCCGUAACGAUCGCGGCUCGAUGAUCGCCGAAAUAUAUUGUUUGUUUCCGAUAAUGAAAUCCAAUUAAUUGUAAUUAAUCUCUCAAAACCGAAAACCUGCAUUUGCAGGCGAGUGUGCGGUGGCGACGUGCAGUGAAUGAAUUUGCGGCAAAACGUGUCUUGAUCGUGUGGUGGAUAGAGUGGAAGAAAAAAGAAAAGAAAUAUUGUAAUAUUACCCAUACGUGAAGGUGAAAAUUGAAAACAAAAUAAGUGAUUUCCGGUGUGCGUUUCAAAUUGCGGCAUAUUCGUGCCUAACGGUCGGCGGGAAGUUGAAUUGUUUUCCUGUGGUUUUUGUUUUCGUUGUUGUUCUUUCGGCACUUCAAAUCGGUGUGAUGCAGUUUCGCUUUGUGUACGGUAGCGAUUGUGCAUUUUCCAUCUAAAAAAAAGUUCAAACCCGCGUGUGUGAUUUAUGCUGGCGGGUGUGAGAAGAAGUGUUUUGCAGCAGAAAUAAAAGAAAAUUACCAUCGGAGUAGUGUAUCGCGAGUUAGUGUGCGUUUGUGUGAGCAUCUGUAGGUGUGUUUGGUGAAGAUUAUCCAUCCACUGAUUGCGAAUAAUUGAGAUAAAAAGCUUGAAGCGAGUGAAUCAUCCGCUUUCUAAUAAUAUCGAUCAAGUUGAGUGUUGAAUGAAAUAGAUUUGUUGGAGUUUUCCGUCCAGCAGAACACAGAUUGGAGUGGAGAUUAGCGUGUGUGUGUGAAUGUGUUUGUGGCUCAUUUUUUUCCUUCUUCGCAAAAGCCCCAGCAGUUGAACAUCAUCAAUCAUGUAUCCAGCACCGACACGGCAUCCAUCGGCAUCGGUGAGUUCUUCAAAAUACAUCCCUUCAUAUCUGGGCGGACCGCCUCCCCAGGGGCGCCAGUUUACGAUAGCGGAAACGCUGGAACGGAUUAAAGAGGAAUUCAACUUUCUUCAAGCACAGUACCAUUCACUAAAACUGGAAUGUGAUAAGCUGGCCAGCGAGAAAACAGAAAUGCAGAGACAUUAUGUUAUGUACUACGAAAUGUCCUAUGGAUUGAAUGUAGAAAUGCACAAACAGACCGAAAUUGCCAAACGACUGAACGCCCUCAUUGGACAGCUGUUACCAUUUUUGGCAACGGAACAUCAGCAACAGAUCGCAUCCGCUGUCGAGCGUGCGAAACAGGUCACGAUGCCGGAACUAAACGCCAUCAUUGGUCAACACCAGCAACAGGGAAUUCAGCAACUUUUACAGCAGAUUCACGCCCAGCAGAUACCUGGCGGACCGCCACAACCGAUACCGGGCCUGGGUGCACUCGCCGGUCCACUGACAGCGUUCGGCGGUCCGAUGGGUUUGCCGCACGGUGCACCACAAAGUAUGCUGAAGGCACCGCCCGAUCUGCAUCGGGAAGAUUUAAAGGUACCGCUCGGUGGUCCCUCGGCAGAGGAACGCAUGCGUAACUCGGUGUCACCGGCAGAUCGGGAAAAGUAUCGGCCACGAUCGCCCCUCGAGCUGGACGGUGAAGCAAAGCGGCGGAAAGAGGAAAAGCUUAACCACGAAAGUGAUGGUGAGAAAAGUGAUCAGGAUUUAGUGGUGGACGUCGCGAACGAAACGGGUUCACCUUCACCCCGACCGAAUGGCGAUCAUCAGUCGGAUCGUGGCGAUCGGGACAGUAUUGGACUGAACGGUAGCGAUAAGGCAGGCUCGAGCAGUUUGAAGGGUGCAAACGAUCGACCACCGUCCCGUUCCGGUUCGAGUUCGUCCCGAUCAACGCCCAGCCUCAAAACGAAAGAUCUCGAUAAACCAGGAACUCCCGGUGCGAAGGCCCGUGUUCCCACGCCCAACUCGUCCACACCCGGUGUCCCGAAAGCCGUAGUACCUUCACCAGCCGCCGGCUACCCACCCUCGCCAUAUCAGCGUCCGUCGGAUCCGUAUGCGCGACCACCGCCCGAUCCGUACGGUCGGCCCCCGAUGCCUUUCGAUCCGCACGGUCACGUACGUACCAACGGUAUUGCGCUACCCGUGUCAAGCGGAAAACCUGCCUACUCUUACCACAUGAACGGUGAAGGUGCCCCACAGCCGGUGCCGUUUCCUGCGGACGCCCUAACGGGCCCCGGUAUUCCACGACAUGCCCGCCAAAUCAACACCCUGUCGCACGGUGAGGUCGUGUGUGCGGUCACCAUCUCCAACCCGACCAAGUACGUGUACACCGGCGGUAAGGGAUGCGUGAAGGUGUGGGAUAUAUCGCAGCCUGGCAACAAAAGUCCGGUCAGCCAGCUGGACUGUCUGCAGCGAGACAACUAUAUCCGCUCCGUGAAGCUGCUCCCGGACGGCCGUACGCUGAUAGUCGGCGGUGAAGCGUCGAACCUCUCGAUCUGGGAUCUCGCGAGUCCGACACCCCGGAUAAAGGCCGAACUAACGUCGGCUGCACCGGCCUGUUACGCGCUCGCCAUCAGUCCCGACUCGAAGGUGUGCUUUUCGUGCUGCAGCGAUGGCAACAUUGCCGUCUGGGAUCUGCACAAUCAGACGCUGGUGCGACAGUUCCAAGGACACACGGACGGUGCGUCCUGCAUCGAUAUCAGCCCGGACGGUUCACGGCUGUGGACCGGUGGUUUGGACAACACGGUACGAUCCUGGGAUUUGCGAGAGGGUCGUCAACUGCAGCAGCAUGACUUUAGCUCACAAAUCUUCUCCCUCGGCUACUGUCCAACGGGCGAAUGGUUAGCCGUUGGUAUGGAGAAUUCCCACGUCGAAGUACUGCACGCGACAAAACAAGACAAAUACCAGCUGCAUUUGCAUGAAAGCUGUGUCCUUUCGUUGCGGUUUGCCGCCUGCGGCAAAUGGUUCGUCUCGACCGGCAAGGAUAAUCUACUGAACGCGUGGCGUACACCGUACGGUGCUAGCAUUUUCCAGUCAAAGGAAACCUCAUCAGUACUAAGUUGUGAUAUUUCGACCGAUGAUAAGUACAUUGUUACCGGGUCCGGUGAUAAGAAAGCAACAGUGUACGAGGUGAUCUACUAAAGAAAAAAAAGGAUGUUCAAAGGGAAAAAUGAACCACCAACGCAAAAAGUUGCAUCCAUAGUAUAUGGCAUUGGGGUCACAAUGUAUAGAAAAUCAUAUACCCCGCGUUUAGGCAACUGCUUCAUUAAUGUGUGUCUCUACCAAUCCAUUCGAUGAUGAUGUUCGCAGGCAAUGAAACAACGCUGCGUCUAACAAUUGUGUUGUUCCGAUUAACUGACCGCACAGUAACAUAGAUAAAGUGACUUAAAACGUGACAGAUCGGCCUCGUGAACGAAAAACCCUAUAGUAUGAAUGAUGAGCAGCGUAGAGACAAAGAAAAACAGCAAACAUUCAAGCAUGAAAUCAAACUGCUAUGUACAAAGGAAAGGACACACAACACCACACACACACACAAGGAAAAAAUCGGAAAAAGGACCCUUCGAUAGGUGGCCCUCUUGUGUAGUGUCGCUUAUCUCAGUUAAUUAUUUGUUUUUUAGAUUUCUAAUCGUGAAAUGCGCCUGUAAGUGUGUUGAUGUGUGUGUGUGGUUGCACAUAUUUGCGAAACAAUUGCAGCAUUAGAUGUGUGAGUGCGUGUAAAUACAUAUAAGCGCGUGUGUAUGUGUGUGUGCGCGCGCUUGUGUAUAACAGUAGCGUGUAAGCUCAGAAGCGAAGAAUCACAAAGUAAAUGAUAAGUAACUUAAGUGUGUGACUAAGUGCGUUAGGUAGCAAAAAAGGGAAAAAACAUGGAAAAGUAAAAAAAAGAACUACUUCUAGCAAUCGAAAAACAAAAACCAUAGGUCGACACCAUUGACAAAAAGUGAAGAAGAAAAAAACCCGAUCUGCACACAGACCUAAUGCUUCAACUGUACUGUACAUGCACGAUCCGUGCAGCAGAAAUGAAAAGAAGAGAAAGGAGCGGAAUCACGAAAAACGCCUAAGCAUUGUCUAUUGUUAAAGAGUAAAUGUGUGUGAUUUGAAAACGGAUUAUGAGGU